CCUUUAUUUGGGCGCGCGAAGCAGUCAUGGAUGGAUUUGACUCUGAAACUUAUGUUAUAACUGGUCCUUUGCGGAAUUUUUCCAUUAGGGUUAAAUUGUUCUGUCGGCGGAGUAAGGCAGAGGAGCAGUACCUGGAAGAAGAGUAUGUGUUUCAUUGGCAGGAAAAGAUUUUCAGUCCAAAAGAAAAGGCUCUUUAUAGGGACCGGAAAAAUUGUACGACUGAAACGCAACUACUUUACAACAAGGAAAUAAGCAAUAUGAAAGGUUCAGGAUUCCCAACAAAAAGAUUAUUUACUUAUGUCCAUAAGGACGAAAUAUCAGUAGAAAGAGACAUAUUCGUGGAUGGCAUUGGAACUAUCUCAUAUCCUGAGAAACGAAGAUCUAACAUCCAGUUAAAACUAGACAAUCUAUCGAAUCCUAUGCCAACAAAUGAAAUGUUGUUGGAGUUUCCUCCUGACUAUUAUAGAUACGUUAGUCAUCUACCUACUAGAAUAACCCAAGAGAUGUAUAUAAUGGCCGAUUUAAGUAGUGAUAUUCCAAAUGAUGCUGCAGACUUAUCGCCUCUUUAUAUGGGCAAUGAAGAAAUCCUCUGCAAGAUAACUAUUGAUUCUAAUGGACUUUUACGUUGCAAACCUGAUUUUACUCGCGGGUCUGUUAAGUACAAAAUAAAAAGCAAACAAAAAGGGUCAUAUUAUUUUACGUUGGAAAAUAUUUCACUUCAAAUGUCUGAUCUGGACAAACAGAAAAUAAGAAACAUGGAUAAAGAGAUAACACUUCGAAAACAUUCUCACUUUUGUGCCUCCAUCGGCAAACAGUUUGAAAUGCCAAAUGAACAAAGUUACAGGCUUUUUAUCGCUGGAGAGAUAAUGGGUGCGACUAACUUUGAAAACCCUGGAUUGUAUGUACAAUAUUAUCUUGAAUUACCACAAAACUGGAAAGCGUAUGAUCAUAAGCUAUUAUGUGGAAGUUCCCAGAUAGCCUCUAUCAAAAAUUAUGGAAACGAAGAAAUAAUUAUGUUUUCGCAUCCGAUCGAAUUUGACCUAACAUAUAAACCUGAAAUAAGUAUCGACUUAACGAAAGGACCAGUUUCAAUAUGGCCUACACUGUAUUUUGAAGUCCAGUCGCUUGACUUUUGGACUCGGAGUCGAACUGAAGGGUAUGGAUUCACAGAACUUCCGCGCAUUGCUGGUGCUCACUCAAUUACUGUGAGUUGUUGGCGCCCAGUAGGAGAUUCUGUUGUAGAGGAACUAAGAAGAUUUUUUAUAGGUGGAACAUGCCAACUAGAGGACCCCACAUUUGCCAAAAUACCUGGAUCAUUUGAAGUCCAAUCUAUACAGGACCAUGAGCAGAUGUCCAACAACGGGUGAUGAGAAGCAAAGAAGGUAGGUGGUCUCUAUUUGAAGAUUAAUAAAGAAUGUUUUUACAGGAUAGCACUUGCACACAUGGAUGUUUCAACGAUAAUAAGUAGGUUAUACUUUAAUAUACGUCCUUAUUCAAUAUUCAGAAGCAUACCAAAAAGCUCGUUCAAAAUUACUGGAAACCAGGAAAGUUAUAGAAGGUUUGGGGAAAGUCAAUUUUUAAUAUUACUUGAAGAAACAAUAAUAAUUAUGCAUUACCUCCACGACUUGGCUUUUGCAAAAUCCUUAUUUGUUUAAUGGAUUCUAAGGGGGGGGGGUGAAAACGACACUAGAUAUCGGAUCUUUUUAUUUUCGAAGACUCUCCUCGACAGUAAGGGCAAUACCAUUUGCCCUUAGGUUGAACCCGGACAUCUACACAUGAGAAGUGAAACCAUUCAACCUCACAGAACUUGUUGUCGCAAGCUAUCAUAUCGCCAAAUGAUACUUUUUG